AUGUCAUCUUCUUCCUCCGCUGGUCCUCCUGGUCAUCUUCAUCGAUCUGUUCAAUCGGCUGCUAGGAGUGGUGGCGGAGGUGCUUCGUCGCUCCCUGCAGCUCCUGAGGCAAUCGUGCAUUCUGACAGUGGCGAGAGCUCCUCCGGCGCAUCCCGUUCCACUCACGUCUUUGACUCGGACGCUGCGGGAAACAGCAGUGGUUCUCCGGAGUCGAGUCGCGCCAAGAACGAGUUUGGCAUGCCAUCCGGUCCUAUGUCAGACGCUGAGCUGGGGGCUUUGCAGCCUACCACAGUUCCUCGAUCGGAGUGGGUUCCCGGUUAUCGCGAUCGUCGUAGCUUUCGCGGCCACGACAUCGUCCCCUGGUCGCCAAAGGAUAUCCGGCAGACCAGCAUCGUGGAGAUGGAUGCGGAUCUGCUGUUUCACCGUUACACCAAGCCGAUG